AUGCACCCAGCAGAGAUCCGACAGCUUGUACUAGUGAGGAUGAGGAUGCUCUGCCUGAGCCGCUGGUCCUGUGCCAAGAUACUUCAAAGCCUUAUUAAGAACGUUGGGAUCACCAUGAAGCCCUACUAUACCCAAGUUUACCAGAUGUGGGUAGGAAUGGGGUUGGUGGGCUUCAUCGCUUAUAAAAUCAGGAGUGCUGAUAAAAGAAGUAAAGCCUUGGAAGCUUCCAGUCGUACACCUGCUCACGGUUAUCACUAACCAGCUUUCCUUGGAUGGGAUGUCUGUCUGACUGUGUUAUGCGACAUUGUGGUGACUUGUAGCAAUGCCACGGCCCUCAGGCAUGAACAAAUGUACCUGUAAGACUCCUCCUCAAAAAAUAAAAUAAAAGAGCAGAGGGGACCUGCGCCCUAGCAGAGAGGUUCACAUCCCAGAAGCUCUGUGAUCUCCAUCAUCCAAAAGGGGCAUGAACGAAGCAGAGGGUAUCCCAGAUGCACCAGCUAACAGGUGACUUUACAAACUAAAGAGGCUUCCCUCCCUCUCCCUGUCCCCUGAAGAACACAGAUGCAACCCCAGGGAGACUGAAAGAGGCACCCAAUUUGACUUGAGAUUAAGCUUUAGCCCUCCUGCUAGAAUGAGGGUCAGAAUAAAAACUAAGUUAUUGAGACAAAUGGAAAACCAACUCUUCUGACUCCCAUCCCAGGGCCCGUUCUGGGCCCUAGACAGCCUUCCUUUGGCCGAACCAUCUCCUGCCUGACCGAUGAACUCCUGAUUGAUGUUCCCUGACCCAGAGGAGACCUGGAUCCUGACUGGCUCUACAGUUGGGUGAGUGGUUCCUGAAGUGCAGGGAUCAGAGAGAGACAAGCCCCCAAGAGAAAGCAUCAGAGAGGCAGGAGGUGUGGGUGUUAAUGGUCUUUGUUACCUGGGGAGGGAAGCUGGUGUGACUGACCUGCAGUAGAUGGAAUGAUGCAUUCCAAGGUCAACACGAUUCGUGUGUCCAUAUGCCCUCCCUCUACCUCCUCUCACUCUACCAACACCCACACCCCCGUGCACAGCAGAUGAAAAUGCCAGAUGGAGAGUGGGUGCUGUC